AUGCAACAUUCAUGUUCACAUACAUGCCAACAUGUUGAUGAAACCAAUGUUGGUCAAUGGAAUUUAUAUACAAAAAUUGAUAAAUAUAAUUUACAAAGUUAUAAUGAAAAACAUGAUGAUUCAGUAACACAUAUUUUACUCAAACAUAAUUAUAAAUCAGCUAUUCAACAUUUUCAUUAUCUAUUUAAAAAUUGUCUUCAUUCAAAAAAAAAAUGUGGUACUAUUAAAAAUAAUCAACAAUCGUUAUUAUAUUGUGUUAUAAUUAAAAAUGUUAAAUGAACGGGUGUUAGUCGACAAUUUUUUGUUUCACCUUCUAUAUCAAUUUGUUAUAAAUUUACUUUUCCACCUGAUAUUGAACAUGUUUUUAUUGAGGUUCGGUCAAAUGAUCAAUUAUUUUUUCUUGUUAAACCAACUGAUGCAGAGCAUUUGAAUGAUCAAGAACAAAUAAUUAUUCAACUGACAGGUAUUGUUGAUGUUCAACGACGUAAAAAUGCAACAGUUAUAUUUUAUCUGCCAGCAAAUUAUAAUUUUCUUUAUAUUACAAUAUUUGCCACAAUUGGUUUAUUUCUGUUAAUUUAUUUCGUUGCUUUUCGUAUUAUGUGUAAACAUCCAGAUAUUUAUGAUCAUUUAGCUCUGGAACAUUUAUUAUUAUUGGAAGCAAGAACUGAACGAGAAAUUGCAGAACGAGGUAAUAAUGAACAACGUUACCAGACAUCUGAGAGAGAAGAGAAUGUGAAAUCUACUAGUGGAGAUGAAUAUGAACGUUCCAGAAGUACUAUUGAAGUUAUUGAAACAUUAAAUGUAAGUUACAAAAAAUGGUUGAUGCAGGAUUUUAUAUGGAAUGUGUUCAUAUAAGAUGUAAUUAAAAUAAAAGAUAGAUAGAUGAUUGAAAAGUAUUUCCAUAAAUAGUUCGUUUUUUUGUUCUGAAUUGAAAAGUUCGAUAACUAAUGAAAAUCUAUUACACAUGACAGUAAAUAUUAGUGAGACUGUGCUGAUGAUGAUUAUUUUUCAAACUUUCGAUACAUCUUGACAUUAUUCAGAAAAGAGAGUUAUCGUUAGUUAGAAAUUCAAUCUAUCAAUGUCUUGCCUUGGCCAGAAGACUUUGAGAGACAAUGUUUUUUAGGAAACUUCCAAGCAUUCAUGUUAAACAAACACGGUUGUGAAUUAUCUUGCUCGAAGAGAUACGGUGAUUUACGCGGCCGAGUAAGAUGAUUGUAUGUCUCUGUGAUGUAUACAAAGAAAUGCGACGAUUUAUGAAAAAAAAAACGUUUCCUUUCUGUCUUCGUAGAUGAUUUUCGUUAGUUUCACAUUAUUCCAUCAUGGUCACGAAGAUAUACGAUGUUAAUAUUAAGUUAUGGAAACCGACAAAAUACGGUUGUUUACCGACAUAUACAGGCUCCAUAUGUUUCGGUCAGAAUAUACGUUAGAAUCACUAGUUCAUUUUCGUGACAUCAAAUAAAGACAUAAAAUAUUCGAAAAGCAAGGAUCACCAGGAAACAGAUAAAACUGCCGGCCCUAUGGCAUUUCGCCACCGCUUUACAACAAUUCACUGACCACUGAUUUAGAAAACACUUUCAGUGAGCAAUGAUUUCGUUUUGCUCACUCGAUUACUAGAGAGUAAUUGAACACACAGAAUGAAAAAGAUCAGAAAAUUUCUCUUAAAAAACACAAUCUGCAAAACAUUUAUAUGUUUUAGUACGAUUAAAGUCUAAUGUGAUUGUUUUUCAGACUGAAUUCCGUCUUCUACAACUCAAAUGAACUCGAAAUUCUUGAGAUCGAUUCAUUAUAAAACAUGAUUGAUCAUAAUAAAAAGCUCGA